UCAGAUUCUUCCCCAAAAUUUCCUUUUUUGCUCUCUGAUUCUCCCAAACGCUGCCUUAGGGUUUUUGGCCUCAAGGAAACCAAAAUUUUUCCCAUUUUUGUCCUUCAUUUUCGAUGUUUCUCUGAGUUCUGCUAAUUUUUGAACAAUUUCUUUUGGGGUUGAUCCAAUUCCAAACGAGCCCUUGAAAUCUAAUUUGUUUCCCUUUUUGGCCCUCCUCUCUGUUUGGUAAGAUUUCUGGCUCCAUUUUUUCUUUCUUUUUUUUACUCCCUUUUGCUGUUCCAUUAAAGAUUAAACUACUACUACUACUACGACGACGACUUGUCGUUUGCGUGGGAAAAAUGGUGAGAGGGAAAACGCAGAUGAGGCGAAUCGAGAAUGCGACAAGUCGGCAAGUUACGUUCUCCAAACGACGGAACGGGCUGCUGAAGAAGGCUUUUGAGCUGUCGGUUCUUUGUGAUGCCGAGGUUGCCCUCAUCAUCUACUCCUCCAGAGGGAAGCUCUAUGAAUUUGCCAGCUCAAGCAUGCAAGCCACGGUGGGGCGCUAUCUGAGGCAUACAAAGGAAACCCAUCAUCUUCAACCAUUAGUUCGUCAACAUACUUUACAAACCGUUCAGCAUGAGGCUGCAACUUUGGUGAAGGAAAUAGAGUCACUUGAGGUUUCAAAGAGGAAACUGUUGGGAGAAGGUCUAGGAUCAAGCUCCUGUGAAGAACUCCAUCAAAUAGAACAACAGCUAGAAAGGAGCUUAACCAAUGUCAGAGCAAGAAAGCACCAGGUUUACAGAGAACAGAUUGAACAACUAGGAGAAAAGGAGAAGUUUUUGGCAGCUGAAAAUGCAAAGCUAGGCGAAAAGUACUGUGUUCAACUUCACCAUCGACAAUCACCAAAUGAACAAGGAGAGGUUUCGCCUCACCCCGAAAGCAGCUCGAUUUCAGACGUCGAAACCGAGUUGUUCAUCGGACCGCCCGAGUCGAGAUCAUUGAAGCGACGCCUUCCUUUGCAAACAUGAUUUGGUACUUUUUUUUCUUCUUGCCCAAAUUGUAUCAUAUAACAACUGCCAACUGAUGUUCAUACUUUGUUUUGUUUUGUUUUUUGUUUUUUAAUAUAUGUUUGGCAGCUUGAAUAAUGAUGUCAAUAAGAAGAAGAAAACAACAAUGAGAGAGAGAGAGAGAGAGAGAGAAUGAGAGGGAAUUGGCUAUAUUUUGUUGUCUCUUCUUCAAAAUUCUAAGCUUGAAAGUGUGAUUUUAA